GUAAUUAGUAGUACUGAGGCCAAGUCCUCAGUAUUAUAAUUAUUUAUUAAUGUGAUUUUUGGGGUUUAGCUACUUGAGGUAGUUUACAUUCUGUGAUUUAAAAAUGUUCACCUGUUGGGUAUUUUAUAAGCUUUCAGUAUUUUUAUACUCAAUAUUUUUAAAUGUGACUACUUUUCGGCCAAAAAAAACAAAUACAAGCAUUUGUCCACCAGAUGUAAUUCCUGGAUUGUGUGGAAAAUGCUUUGAAACACCAUUUAGACCCUCAUGGUGGGAAAUAAUAAUGUAUUUAAGUGUUAUUGAAUAGUUCACUGAAUAAAUAAAAUGAAAACACGAGAAGAAAAAAAAACAUUUAUUGAUAUAACCCAGACUGUUAUCAGCCUCCUCCUGUGAGUUGUUUUCCAUACUGUCUUUUACCGUGGCCUGAAGGUCAUGUCCCGCCUUUGGAUUGGGCAGACAGUUUGACGUGUUGGACUGAGAGCCCCUCAUAUGUGGAGGCGGUCAUACCCCCGUUGAGCUGAGCAGGAUCCUCUGAGACUGAGAGCAGGCACCGGACAGACCACCGGAGGACUCUGCAUGCAGGUAUAAUGAAGUCUUUACUCUUGAGCCUCUUGUACUGCGCUUCACUGCUGCUGUCUGAUGUACUGGCCACAUACCACCUCAGUGCGGGGGAUCCUCAGCUGAUAGCCGCACAAAGCUACGCACAAACCAGAAAUAAUGGCCGACCCCCAAUCAGGACCCUGAAUCCAGCAAUUGACAGAAGUGAUUACACGUAUAGAGGAGGGUAUCACUACCACUACCAGCCACCAAGGAUCCCUCCACCGGUAGUGUAUCGACCUAUCCCUCUAUCCCCUUCAGUGACUCACCACAGACCCUCCAUCCCCAUGCCGCCCUAUCACCACAGAUUCAAAGGGCCAGUGGCACCACAAAUGCACCACAUAUACAAAGGUCUAUCUCCACCAGUAGCUCACCAUCCCCAUUAUAGGCUCAAAGGCCCGUUCCCUUACAAAUUGAAAGGUCCAUGCCAAACAAAGUCAUAUCCAACAGUACCAACAACACCUGUGGUACACCUCCCUACUGCCCUUCCAACUCUACCAGAGCCAACAGUGCCGCCAACUCUGCCAGCAACUACAGUGGCACCGGCGACAAUCAUCAUGCCAGUGGUGGUGACCACUGUGCCGCCAGUGGAGACUACCGCUCCUGUGACGCUACCGGUCAGUACCCAAAGUGGCUUCAUCACCACCGUCAGUCCUGUGGAGACAGAGACAGACUCUCAGUGCAGGAGCCGUCCCCUGGACCUGGUCUUCAUCAUUGACAGCUCUCGCAGCGUGCGUCCUGGUGAGUUUGAGAAGGUGAAGAUAUUCCUGGCUGACAUGGUCGACACGUUGGACGUGGGCAAGGAUGCCACCAGAGUGGCUGUGGUCAACUACGCCAGCACGGUCAAGAUCGAGUUCCUGCUCAAAGACUACUUCAACAAACCUGACAUGAAGAAAGCCAUCUCCCGCAUCGGACCCUUGGCGGCUGGCACCAUGACCGGCCUAGCCAUCAAGACCGCAGUGAAUGAAGCCUUCACCGAGCAGUCUGGAGCCCGGCCUCGCUCCAGGAACAUCUCCAAGGUGGCCAUCAUUGUGACAGACGGGAGACCUCAAGACCAGGUGGAGGAAGUGUCUGCUGCAGCUCGGGCUGCAGGCAUCGAGAUCUACGCUGUCGGGGUGGACCGUGCCGACAUGCGCUCCCUGCAGCUGAUGGCCAGCAUCCCUCUGGAGGACCACGUCUUCUACGUGGAGACCUACGGCGUUAUCGAGAAGCUCACCUCCAAGUUCAGGGAGACCCUGUGCGGUCUGGACCCCUGUGCCAUGGGACAUGACUGCGAACACAUAUGUGUCAACAGCAAUGCCUCCUAUUACUGCAAGUGCCGGAACGGUUAUAUCUUGAAUGCGGACAAGAAAACAUGUUUCCUGAAACAGGUGAAGGCGGAGGUGGUGGAGGAUCCCUGUAAAUGUGAAGCCAGACUGGUUUUCCAGAAGCAGACACAGGCUGCCAUCCAGCAGCUCACAGCCAAGCUAGCCGAUAUGUCUGGGAGAAUAGAGCGUCUGGAGAACGUGGUGGGCCGUGCUUAGAGCUGGACGCAGCGAGACAGUAGCUGGUUUGCUUCGACAUGGACAUGGGCUUCCAGUCAUCCACCCUUGGAUGUUUUGAAACUGCUGUAAAAGCUAUUUACCCUAUUUUGUCUAAACACCUAUAUGAACAUAGUGUGAUGUAUAAUAACCAAAGAAAACAAGUAUUAUUUUUAUUGUUUCUCUUGUACUGUAUUAUGUAGGUUUUGUAUCCUGUUUGUACAAAGUUGCAUAUUGUAUAUAGUAGUUUCUGUGAAAAUGUCUAAUUGGAUUUACUUAUUAACAGAUUUUAAUGGAAAUGACUUUAUGCUCUAAACCAUUCAACCAGUAAAAUGUUUCCUACAUCAAAUAUUUUUGCAUAUUUUCUUUAUUAUAUCUCCCUUACAACAGUUUAACUAUCAAAUAUUUUAUUGUUACAAGUUGUAUUAUGUGUCAUGGAUGAUAAAUGUUAAUCAUAUGUGUCUGUGAAUGUUAUGAGAUGACAUUUACGAAAUUAUAAAUGUAACCAAGCAGACAAAUUGGACAAUAAAAUAAUCACAAAGGA